CCUGCACGAGGUCAACCACGUUGUCGGAGAGAAUGCUGCGCCCGCUGUUCGGUGGCGCGUUGAGCUGCGAGAUCCCCGAGGGCUUCGCGGACGUGAGCACCUUCCGCCAGGUGCCCGACAACCAGGAGGUGUUCGCCAACGCGGCCACGGACCAGUGCGUCAUCGUGGAGCUGCUGCAGUACGAGGAGAGCGUCGAGGACGCGCACAGCGCACGCUACUUCUUCAACGAGAUCGCGCAGUCCAACGGCUGCGGGCCCGACGAGGUCUCGGUGCUGCUCGAGGAGGCGGCGGACGCCAAGAACGCGCCCGCGGCCAUCGACGCGCCGCACUCCACGCAGCUCAUCGUGGGCGACCAGCGCGUGGCCAAGUUCAAGGAGGGCGACCACGCCAAGAACGUGGUGCGCGUGUACCUGGGCAACAUCCGCCUGCCUGGCGUGACCACGGACGUGGUGCUGUCGGUGUCGGCGCCCAUGCGCAUCAACCCAGCCAGCAGCAGCCGCGACGCCUUCCAGUUCGAGAACAACUCGGAAGUGGCCGCCGCCAUAUUUAAGCAGGCGCUGCAGUCCUUCACCGUGCUGGACUGGUCGCUGUUCCAGUGAGGGGCGAUGACU